UCUGGGAGCGGAGGGAUAUGGUGUUUCGCCACGGAGCUGAAGAUCGACUGUUUACGGGUGGAGACUGCAAGGAAUUUAAAUCCCCCCCCGGGUUGUUACGCUACACGUUAAAGACCAAAUAACAGUGGUAGUUGAUGUGUUUCGUUGGAUUAUUCAGUUCAGUUUAAUGUAGUACAUGUGAGCUUGAUAGGCCGUCGGUGUUAGAGUUUUCCAGGGGGUUGUUUUCGCUGUCAGUGGAUGGCCAUGGCGGUGGAGACGCGACCGGAGCUGGUUGGGAAGCGGUUCCUGUGUGUCGGUGGAGACGAGCCGCUGGAUCUCCGGGAUAUCGGCCGCUGGGGCUGGCGAGCUGGGGUCAUCCGAGCCGUUACUCACCGGGACAACAACCAUUCAGAGUUGACGGUGUACGUGGAGUUUGAUGACCUGGAGUGGGAGAAGCGUGAGUGGGUGAAAGUGUACGAGGACUUCCAGGUGUUCCUGCUGGAGCAGCAGCUGGUUUGGGCCAAGAGGAGAGAGGGCACCCUGCUGGUGGAGAACCCCCAGGGGACUAAAGACAAGCACAUCCAGUGGCCAGCUCUGACGUUCAGACCUCUGGUGGGGAAGGCUACUCUGGGUUCCAUCACGGCUGUAGAGUUCUUCUCUGACAGACAACUGGACUUCCUGUCUGACCACGGAGCAUACCAGCCCUACCAGGACGAAGUGGACAGUUUGAGUCCUGUUCUCAGGGACAACCCUCAGCUUCAUGAAGAGGUCAGGUUCUGGCUCAAAGAUCAAAAGGUUCAGGACAUUUUUUUGCAAGGUCCAUAUUCAUUAAAUGGUUACCGAGUUCGUGUUUACAGACAAGACUCGGCCACUCAGUGGUUCACAGGGAUCAUCACACAUCAUGACCUCUUCAGCCGUAGCAUGGUUGUGAUGAAUGACCAGGUUCUAGAGCCCCAGAACGUUGACCCCUCUAUGAUCCAGAUGACCUUUCUGGACGAUGUGGUCCACUCUCUGCUGAAAGGAGAGAACAUCGGUAUCCAGUCCCGACAACACACACGGUCCCGUUCCAACCAGAACAACACUGCCCACGAACAGAUGCAGCACUGCCCUGGGAAAGGCUUAGCAGGACCUGGCUUCUCCAGGAGGAAGGGAUCUGACAGCAGUGUCCCUGAUGAUGACUUCAAGGGAGACGAGGAGGUGAAUGAUGAGGAGUGGGAACUAGAGGAGAAGAAAUCAGGUUUGAAAAUACUGAGAAGCGAGACUACAGUGAGGUCUGACUUCUCUGAGAGCAGUGACUCUGAGAUGUCUACCAAGAGAACCAGGACGGCAGACUCCUCCUCUUCCUCAGAGCAGAACUCAGAGGAGAAGCUAAAAGGAAAGACCGGCCAGGAGGGGCACAAGACCCAGGGUUCUAAGACUGGGAAGGAGUCUGCUCUGACAGGCAGUCUCUCCCCCUGGGGUGAGGAGCUUCAGAAGGCGGAGUUUCAGCAGUCAUCAGCCGACAGGGAGCAGAGGUCAUCCCUACGACAACCUCAACGACAGGGGGAAUGGUCUCCACUGCAACAGCAGCAGGCCCCUCCCCUGUCCUCCUCCUCCCAGGGCUCUGCCCCCUCUGAGGGCCAAGGGGAGUGCAUCAUGGAGAACAACAGCACUAUGAAAGCCCAGACCCAUCCCCAAUCCAAGGACCAGUACACCAGCGCUGAGGUGGUCUCCAGGACCCAGACUCCCUCUCAGUAUAUAAUCGCCAUCACAGCAGAGGACGCUGACGCACACAUGGCCUCCCGGGAGAACUCUGAGGCCGUCUCGGCUCUACUGGCCUCCCAGAAUCCAUCUGAGCCCUCCUACCUCUCUGAGCCCAGCAGACAUUUGGUGCUGAACCCCUCUGUUGCCCCUCCCUCUCCCCUUCGUAAGAGCCACUCGGAGUGUGACCUUAGGAACCAGAUUCCCUCAGUGUUAGAGUGUGACCUUAGGAACCAGACUCCCUCAGUGUCAGAGUGUGACCUUAGGAACCAGACUCCCUCAGUGUCAGAGUGUGACCUUAGGAACCAGACUCCCUCAGUGUCAGAGUGUGACCUUAGGAACCAGACUCCCUCAGUGUCAGAGUGUGACCUUAGGAACCAGACUCCCUCAGUGUCACCUCCAGACUCCCUCAGUGAACCAGACUCCCUCAGUGUCCAGAACCAGACUCCCUCAGUGUCAGAGUGUGACCUUAGGAACCAGACUCCCUCAGUGUCAGAGUGUGCCCUUAGGAACCAGACUCCCUCAGUGUCAGAGUGUGCCCUUAGGAACCAGACUCCCUCAGUGUCAGAGUGUGACCUUAGGAACCAGACUCCCUCAGUGUCAGAGUGUGACCUUAGGAACCAGACUCCCUCAGUGUCAGAGUGUGACCUUAGGAACCAGACUUCCUCAGUGUCAGAGUGUGACCUUAGGAACCAGACUCCCUCAGUGUCAGAGUGUGACCUUAGGAACCAGACUCCCUCAGUGUCAGAGUGUGACCUUAGGAACCAGAUUCCCUCAGUGUCAGAAUGUGACCUUAGGAACCAGACUUCCUCAGUGUCAGAGUGUGCCCUUAGGAACCAGACUCCCUCAGUGUCAGAGUGUGACCUUAGGAACCAGAUUCCCUCAGUGUCAGAAUGUGACCUUAGGAACCAGACUUCCUCAGUGUGUAGGAAGCCGGAGGUAAAGCAUGACAUAGCUGGCAGCCUGGGCAGUAAGAUGGGGUUAGUCCAUUCAGUGGUGAUCAGACCUAUGGCAUCAGUCAGUGAGUCUGCUGCUGUAGUAGAGAGAGAGCAGCUAUAUUCCUCCAUGCUGCCCUGCAUUAAGAACGCCUCAUUGGCCGACGAGGCCAGGAAGUCGUACAAGCUAAGCCCCUCCCCUGAUGUCCCCAAGCCCCUCCCCUCCCCAGAGGCCAUGAAGCCGAAGCCCCUCUGCUCCCCUGACAUCGUCAAGUCUAAAACACAGAGUGUUCUGGAGACUUGUUCUAAACCCAAACCCCUCACCUCCCCAGAGGUGUCCAAGCAUAAAGGCCGUUACCCGGACAACACCCCUCGCUCCAGCUUUAAGCCCGUCCUGGCCCGAGGGACUGAGUCGCCAGGAUCUUGCACUAAGAGCCCGCUAAUCAUUGAUAAGAACGAGCAUUUCACCGUGUACCGGGACCCUGCGCUUGUCCGUCCCAACCAGGAGACCAACCACGUGUCCUAUCUGCACCCCCAGCUCCACCCCCUCCAUGCCUCCUCCCACGCCUCCUGCCUCACCCCCUCUUCCACCCACCACCACACAUCCCACUCCCACCACCACCUUCUCUCCGGGGUGCUCUCUGGCCUGCCUCCAGGCCCCUUGCUGGGGGGUCAUCCCCGACUAGACUCCUCAGGGCUGGGGCACCUGGGACUAGCUCAUCACCACCCUGUCUCUCAGCCCCAGACACACAGCCACACCUCAGCCUCAUACAACCAGCUGGGGCUGUAUCCAAUCAUCUGGCAGUACCCCAAUGAGACCCACUCCUAUCCCCCCAGACUCAACCUGCCCGGGUCCAAGUGGGUGCACCCUGAAAACCCUGUCAGCUCUGAGACCAACAUGAGGAAGAACACGGCCAGCCCUUGGCUACACCACCAGGUCCCUGUCUCCUCCUCUGACAGCCUGGACCAACUGAGCCACGUCCCGGUCCCGAUCCGACCAGCCAGCGCCGACCCUCACCGGUCCGACCCCCAUCCCCACCGUUCAGAACCACACCGUUCGGACACCCACCGGCUCAUCAAGAUCAACCCCCACGCCAGCCCCCCUCUGCCACCGGCCAAGACCGCUGGAGAUCUUCACAGGGAGGAUUUGAAGGGUUUUGUGGACCCCAUCAGAACCAUCACUCUGGCCCACCUGAAGCAGGAGCAGGACCGCAGCAGAACCCCGACCGGGAAGGACAGUCACCUGCACCAGCUCUACCUGGAGGCCCGUAAUAAACAACAGCAGCAGAGGAUGGCCCAGCAGCAACAACAGGAAGCAGGGCAGAGGGACCGGGCCAGUCAGUAUAAGGAGGAGAACAGACGGAUCCUCCAGGAGAGCAUUGAGGUGGCCCCCUUCACCGCUAAGAUCCGCUCCAGUGAGACCGACAGGGAGCCUAACCCCUACCCCCGGAUCCCCUCGCUCCCCUCCCUGCCCCACCCCUACCCCCGGAUCCCCUCGCUCCCCUCCCUGCCCCACCCCUACCCCCGGAUCCCCUCGCUCCCCUCCCUGCCCCACCCCCAGCGCCUCCACCAGGAGAAGGAAACGGAGCCCCCUGCUGCAGACCUGUAUAAGUUUAAACAGCAGUCCCAGCACAGUCCGCCCCCCAGUAACUACUUCACUACCCUGUCCAACAGUGUGGUCAACGAGCCACCGCGUCUCUACCCCUCUAAAGAGCUCAACUCAUACUUUGACAAGGGGAGCAGGGAGCAGGAGUCUGCAGCAGCCUCUAGUCUCUCUCUGGGAGGAGGGGCAGCGUUCAGCUCCAAGUCCCUGUCCAAACCCCCUCCUCUCAUCAAACACCAGGCUGAUGGGGAGGGUCUGCUAGGGAAGAUAUCAGAGCAGCUGAACCAGCAGGUAAGCCUAUCCAACAUGCAGAGGUAUCGUCUCAGUACCAUAGUCAGCCCUGUUAGUCCAGACCUCUCGCCUUCCUCCAGUCAGAGCCAGAGUCAGACCCAGAGCCAGACCCGAACCCACUGUCAGACCCAGAGUCAGACCCAGAGCCAGACCCGAACCCACUGUCAGAGCCAGAGUCAGACCCAGAGCCAGACCCGAACCCACUGUCAGACCCAGAAACAGAGCCAGACCCAGACCCAGAGCCAGACCCGAACCCACUGUCAGACCCAAGCCCAACUAAGGUGUAUGCCAGCACUGCACCGUGCCCCUGUGUUCCACCCUCCUAUCCAGCAGACACUGGACAGGAAGGAGGCGGGCUACGGCCGCUUGUCUCCACCCACCCUGACCCCCAUCCAGCCAGUCAGCUCGGCCGGUAAGGUGUCUGAGCAGCAGAAACCGCCCACCCUUCUGCCCGAGCUACGGGAGGUCAGCGCCGUGUGUAAGGGCGGGGCAGCGAUGACCUCAUCCGAGGUGUGCCGAGCCGGCGACUCUCAGAGCCACGACAAGCUGGGAUGGCAUUCUGAGAUGAGCCCCGGCAGGAAGCCUGGGGCCACCACGGCGUCUGUUAUCGUCCGUCCCUCGACGUGUAUAAAGUACGACGGCUCGCCAGGCGCCAAGACCUCUUCCUCGGCCAAGGACUCUCUGACGGGGAGGAUGUUCCCAGGCGGCAGGCCUCAGACAGUCUGUCUGAAACUGGCCUAUGAGAGAGACAGGGAGUCUGGAGGGAAGGUGAUCCUGCCAAACACUAACUUGGAGGAGGCUGUUUGCGUGCAGCAGUACAAUAACAACUUUAUGAGAGUGCCCCAGUCUCAGGGAACCUUUCCAGUCUCUGUCUCGGCUGCUGCCAACUCUGUGUGCAAUAGGAGUAGUGAUGUGACUAGGGCAGACUCCAACAUGGCUACCUACGGUGUGCUGAGUAGAAGACAAGAGAGAACCUACUGUGGGCCCAACACCUCCAGCGCUAGCAGGACAGAGAGCUGUGGCCCUCGGGGCAGGGCCUUCCACUCAGGGCCUGGGUUAGAACCAAGGGCCGAGCUCCAGCAACAGGAGGGGAGCUCCUCCAGAACCUCAUCCCCCAACCUGCACCCCGGCCCCAGCCUGGCCAGCCGCACCCAGGCCUCUCCCAACCCCAGCCAGUCCUACUAUGGGAGCUUUAUCCAUCUGAAGAAACACAAGGCAGCGUUGGCAGCAGCCCAGCAGUCCAGAGGUCCUAGCAGCAGCCCCAGUGGUAGUGGUCCUGAGAGCCUGAUUGAGCCAUCUAACAGUAAAGCUCUUCACAUCUCCCCUCCACCUCCCCUUGCCUCGGCCUCAGCCCAGAACCACAGAACCACAGAAAGCCCAGGACCACAUCAAGCAGGAGCUAGCCCCAGCCCUGGCCCCCUUCCCAAUGGCCAGCCAGCCCAGAUGAACCAGAGCCAGUCUCAACCCAACUACCACAAGCUGAAGAAGGCCUGGCUCACCAGACACUCCGAGGAGGACAGAAACAUAAACACUAUGAUGAAAACAGAGGAGGCUGAUAAGUCUGUUACCACCACUGUGAGCCCCUCUGUGUCCAAGGCUGUUACCACCACUGUGAGCCCCUCUGUGUCGAAGGCUGUUACCACCACUGUGAGCCCCUCUGUGUCCAAGGCUGUUACCACCACUGUGAGCCCCUCUGUGUCCAAGUCUGUUACCACCACUGUGAGCCCCUCUGUGUCGAAGGUUGUUACCACCACUGUGAGCCCCUCUGUGUCCAAGGCUGUUACCACCACUGUGAGCCCCUCUGUGUCCAAGUCUGUUACCACCACUGUGAGCCCCUCUGUGUCCAAGGCUGUUACCACCACUGUGAGCCCCUCUGUGUCGAAGGUUGUUACCACCACUGUGAGCCCCUCUGUGUCCAAGGCUGUUACCACCACUGUGAGCCCCUCUGUGUCCAAGUCUGUUACCACCACUGUGAGCCCCUCUGUGUCCAAGGCUGUUACCACCACUGUGAGCCCCUCUGUGUCGAAGGUUGUUACCACCACUGUGAGCCCCUCUGUGUCCAAGGCUGUUACCACCACUGUGAGCCCCUCUGUGUCCAAGUCUGUUACCACCACUGUGAGCCCCUCUGUGUCCAAGUCUGUUACCACCACUGUGAGCCCCUCUGUGUCGAAGGUUGUUACCACCACUGUGAGCCCCUCUGUGUCGAAGGUUGUUACCACCACUGUGAGCCCCUCUGUGUCGAAGGUUGUUACCACCACUGUGAGCCCCUCUGUGUCCAAGGCUGUUACCACCACUGUGAGCCCCUCUGUGUCUGAGAUGGAGAUGAUCAAGCCUUGCACCGUCACUCUGAUUGCCUCUACCUCCAGUGAUGUGGAGAUGAAGAUAGAAGAGGUCAAAGGUCAGGAGGACAAGAUGGCCGCUGAGGACAGGAAUACGCGGCGUGGGAGCAAGAGGGUGUACGACCACGACUCGGCCUCAGAGAGCGGAGAGGACUCUGACGCCAGCGAGAGCAGCAAGCAGGAGCAGAGGGCGAAGAGGCAGCCCAAACCCACCUACAAGAAGAAACAGAACGACAUGCGCAGGAGGAGAGGAGACGGAGAGAAAGAUGAGGAUGAGCUGAAACCCAACGGGAUCUUUAGGAGCGCCAGGGAGAAGACCAAACUGAAACUGUCCAGCAACAAUGGUAUCCCCCGCUCUGUGCUGAAGGACUGGAGGAAGGUGAAGAAGCUGAAGCAGACGGGGGAGUCGUUCCUGCAGGAUGACUCGUGCUCCGAGAUUGGACCCAACCUGCAGAAGUGUCGGGAGUGUCGUGUUGUUCGCAGCAAGAAGGGGGAGCAGCCGGCUCAUUCCCCUGUCUUCUGCCGCUUCUACUACUUCCGCCGCCUGUCCUACAGUAAGAAUGGAGUGAUCCGUGUGGAUGGCUUCUCCACCCCAGAUCAGUUUGAUGAGGAGGCUCUGUCCCUCUGGGCUCCUGAUGUAUACGAGGAGAAUGAGUUGGACCCGGACUCCUCCAAGUACAUCCUCUCAUAUAUAGGAGACCAGUUUUGUCAGAUGGUCACCACUGAGAACACUGCUGCUACAUGGAUCAAAAAAGAUGCCAAGAUGGCCUGGAAGAGGGCAGUGAGAGGGGUCCGGGAGAUGUGUGACGCGUGUGAAGCCACCUUGUUUAAUAUUCACUGGGUCUGCCACAAAUGUGGCUUCGUGGUUUGUCUGGACUGUUACAAGGCAAAGGAGAGGAAGACCUCCAAAGACAAAGAGCUGUAUGCCUGGCUGAAGUGUGUCAAGGGACAGCAGCAUGGUCACAAGUACUUGAUGCCAACUCAGAUUAUCCCAGGAACUGUUCUGACAGAGGUGGUGAGCGCCAUGCAUCUGUUCAGGGAGAAGUACAGCAUCAGGUCUCCCUGUGUCUGUACUGGGAAACACAACCCUCUACUCAGCAAGAUGCCUGCUACCAACGGAGUCUCUCAGGUUCUCCAGAACGUGUUAAACCACAGCAACAAGAUCUCUCUAUGUAACGUGAAGACAGAGACUGGGCAGCUGAACCCCAUCCAGGGUAAAGCUGAGACUAACGGAGGCUCCAGCCCUGCCUCGGACCCCUCCUCUGACUCCAAACUGACUCCCCCGGAGUCCCAGAGCCCUCUCCACUUCCUGGCUGACCUGACUGAACAGAAGUCACGGGAAGACAAGAAAGAAAACAAGGAGUCUCCUCUGGGUAAGGUGGGCAAGGAGGAGAAGGUCAGUAGCCUGGAGUCUCUCCACUGUAAAGCGUCUAGCCUGGUGUCUAACAUCACAGAACAAGGCUCUACUCUAAGAGACCUCCUGACGACCACCGCUGGUAAACUCCGUCUGGGCUCUACUGAUGCUGGCAUGGCCUUCGCUCCUGUAUACUCCACCGCAGCACAGAUGGGGAAGAGCGGCCGUAGCAUGCCCAACAUCCUGGAUGACAUCAUCGCGUCCGUGGUGGAGAACAAAAUCCCUGCCGGCCGAGGAGCCAAGCUGAGUCUGAAGCUGGAGGCCACCACCACCACCACAGAGGACAGGGAGGUGAAGACAGAGAGGAUCGAGAGGAAGAAGCAGCCUGGGACGGGGACAGGUCCUAACCCUGGGACGGGGACAGGUCCUAACCCUGGGACGGGGACAGGUCCUAACCCUGGGACGGGGACAGAAGAGCUUCCUGUACCCAAGCCUCAGCUAGAGAAGGCCCUGCAGCUCCAUGCUGACAUCCCCCACUGCUGGUUGUAUGAUCGCAGACUGCUCUGGCUGAAAGACCAUCGACACCCUGGCAACUGGAAGCUGUUCAGAGAGUGUUGGAGACAGGGACAGCCUGUCCUGGUGACUGGGCUCCAUAAGCCUCUGAAUGCAGCUCUGUGGAAGGCAGACAGCUUCAACCUGGAGUUUGCUGACCAUCAGGGAGACCUGCUGAACUGUAAAGAUGGACUUGUCUCGAACUCUGGAAUCAACGAGUUCUGGGACGGCUUCGAGGACCUCACCAAGACCCAAGUCUAAAGACAAGGAGACACCGUGGUGUACAGGCUGAAGGACUGGCCAUCAGGAGAGGAGUUCAUGGCCCUGAUGCCUUCCAGGUAUGAUGACCUGAUGAGGAAUCUGCCCCUGCCUGAGUAUUGUGACCCUGAAGGGAACCUCAACCUGGCCUCUCAUCUACCCAGCUUCUUCGUACGCCCAGACCUCGGACCACGCCUCUGCUGUGCUUAUGGAGUGGCAGCGUCUCAGGAGCAGGACUUUGGGACAGCUAACCUUCACAUGGAGGUCUCUGACAUCGUCUCUGUCCUGGUGUACGUAGGAGUGGCCAAGGGGAACGGAGUCCUGUCCAAGACGGGAGUGUUGAAGAGACUGGAGGAGGAAGACUUGGACGACAGCGUGAAGAAGAGAUUAAAGGAUUCCAGCGAGACGCCUGGAGCCUUGUGGCACAUCUACAUUAGCAAAGAUGUGGAGAAAAUUAAAGACUUUCUGCACAAGCAGGUUGCUAAGGAGCAGGGGGCGGAGAUUUCAGCAGAGCACGACCCAAUCAGAGAGCCGGGCCGGUACCUGAGCAGGAAGUUGCGUCAGCGUCUGUGGGAGGAGCAUGAUGUGCAGGGCUUGACCGUGGUUCAGUUCCUGGGGGACUCGGUCCUCAUCCCGGCCGGGGCGCUGCACCAGGUGCAGAACCUUCACAGUUGUGUCCAGGUGAUAAAUGACUUUGUGUCUCCAGAGCAUGUAUUCCACUCCUUCCACCUGACACAGGAACUGAGGUCCUCCAGAGAAGAGCCCAACUACGAAGAUAAACUACAGGUAAAGAACAUCUUGUUCCACUCUGUGAAGGAUGCAUUGACGUCGCUGAGGAGGUACAGCCAGGAGGAGGAAGAGAACUCCUGACCCGUAGUCCCCCUGGCUCCUCCCUCUCUGGCUCCUCCCUCUCUGGCGCCUCCCUCUCUGGCGCCUCCCUCCCUGGCGCCUCCCUCCCUGGCGCCUCCCUCCCUGGCGCCUCCCUCUCUGAGACAUCUUCCUUCUGCCUGGAACAGAUAUAUACACACUGACACUAACCACAACAGCAGAACACACUACAACACACUAAAACUACAUGUUACUGACCAGCAUCACUACACAGCAUCAAGAUACUGACCAUAGCAGCAUCACCACCCAGCAUCAGGAUACUGACCAUAGCAGCAUCACCACCCAGCAUCAGGAUACUGACCACAGCAGCAUCACCACCCAGCAUCAGGAUACUGACCACAGCAGCAUCACCACCCAGCAUCAGGAUACUGACCAUAGCAGCAUCACCACCCAGCAUCAGGAUACUGACCAUAGCAGCAUCACCACCCAGCAUCAGGAUACAGACCAUAGCAGCAUCACCACCCAGCAUCAGGAUACUGACCAUAGCAGCAUCACCACCCAGCAUCAGGAUACUGACCAUAGCAGCAUCACCACCCAGCAUCAGGAUACUGACCAUAGCAGCAUCACCACCCAGCAUCAGGAUACUGACCACAGCAGCAUCACCACCCAGCAUCAGGAUACUGACCAUAGCAGCAUCACCACCCAGCAUCAGGAUACUGACCAUAGCAGCAUCACCACCCAGCAUCAGGAUACUGACCAUAGCAGCAUCAGGAUACUGACCAUAGCAGCAUCACCACCCAGCAUCAGGAUACUGACCAUAGCAGCAUCACCACCCAGCAUCAGGAUACUGACCACAGCAGCAUCACCACCCAGCAUCAGGAUACUGACCAUAGCAGCAUCACCACCCAGCAUCAGGAUACUGACCACAGCAGCAUCAGGAUACUGACCAUAGCAGCAUCACCACCCAGCAUCAGGACACUGACCAUAGCAGCAUCACCACCCAGCAUCAGGACACUGACCAUAGCAGCAUCACCACCCAGCAUCAGGAUACUGACCAUAGCAGCAUCAGGAUACUGACCAUAGCAGCAUCACCACCCAGCAUCAGGAUACUGACCAUAGCAGCAUCACCACCCAGCAUCAGGAUACUGACCAUAGCAGCAUCACCACCCAGCAUCAGGAUACUGACCAUAGCAGCAUCACCACCCAGCAUCAGGAUACUGACCAUAGCAGCAUCACCACCCAGCAUCAGGAUACUGACCACAGCAGCAUCACCACCCAGCAUCAGGAUACUGACCAUAGCAGCAUCACCACCCAGCAUCAGGAUACUGACCAUAGCAGCAUCACCACCCAACAUCAGGAUACUGACCAUAGCAGCAUCAGGAUACUGACCAUAGCAGCAUCACCACCCAACAUCAGGAUACUGACCAUAGCAGCAUCAGGAUACUGACCAUAGCAGCAUCACCACCACAGCAUCAGGAUACUGACCAUAGCAGCAUCACCACCCAGCAUCAGGAUACUGACCAUAGCAGCAUCACCACCCAGCAUCAGGAUACUGACCAUAGCAGCAUCAGGAUACUGACCAUAGCAGCAUCACUACACAGCAUCAAGAUACUGACCAUAGCAGCAUCACCACCCAGCAUCAGGAUACUGACCAUAGCAGCAUCACCACCCAGCAUCAGGAUACUGACCAUAGCAGCAUCACCACCCAGCAUCAGGAUACUGACCAUAGCAGCAUCACCACCCAGCAUCAGGAUACUGACCAUAGCAGCAUCAGGAUACUGACCAUAGCAGCAUCACCACCCAGCAUCAGGGUACUGACCAUAGCAGCAUCACCACCCAGCAUCAGGGUACUGACCAUAGCAGCAUCACCACCCAGCAUCAGGAUACUGACCAUAGCAGCAUCACCACCCAGCAUCAGGAUACUGACCAUAGCAGCAUCACCACCCAGCAUCAGGAUACUGACCAUAGCAGCAUCACCACCCAGCAUCAGGAUACUGACCAUAGCAGCAUCAGGAUACUGACCAUAGCAGCAUCAGGAUACUGACCAUAGCAGCAUCACCACCCAACAUCAGGAUACUGACCAUAGCAGCAUCACCACCACAGCAUCAGGAUACUGACCAUAGCAGCAUCACCACCCAACAUCAGGAUACUGACCAUAGCAGCAUCACCACCACAGCAUCAGGAUACUGACCAUAGCAGCAUCACCACCCAACAUCAAGAUACUGACCAUAGCAGCAUCACCACCCAGCAUCAGGAUACUGACCAUAGCAGCAUCACCACCCAGCAUCAGGAUACUGACCAUAGCAGCAUCAGGAUACUGACCAUAGCAGCAUCACUACACAGCAUCAAGAUACUGACCAUAGCAGCAUCACCACCCAGCAUCAGGAUACUGACCAUAGCAGCAUCACCACCCAGCAUCAGGAUACUGACCAUAGCAGCAUCACCACCCAGCAUCAGGAUACUGACCAUAGCAGCAUCACCACCCAGCAUCAGGAUACUGACCAUAGCAGCAUCAGGAUACUGACCAUAGCAGCAUCACCACCCAGCAUCACCACCCAGCAUCAGGAUACUGACCAUAGCAGCAUCACCACCCAGCAUCAGGAUACUGACCAUAGCAGCAUCACCACCCAGCAUCAGGAUACUGACCAUAGCAGCAUCACCACCCAGCAUCAGGAUACUGACCAUAGCAGCAUCAGGAUACUGACCAUAGCAGCAUCACCACCCAGCAUCAGGAUACUGACCAUAGCAGCAUCACCACCCAGCAUCAGGAUACUGACCAUAGCAGCAUCAGGAUACUGACCAUAGCAGCAUCACCACCCAGCAUCAGGAUACUGACCAUAGCAGCAUCACCACCCAGCAUCAGGAUACUGACCAUAGCAGCAUCACCACCACAGCAUCAGGAUACUGACCAUAGCAGCAUCACCACCCAGCAUCAGGAUACUGACCAUAGCAGCAUCACCACCCAGCAUCAGGAUACUGACCAUAGCAGCAUCACCACCCAGCAUCAGGAUACUGACCAUAGCAGCAUCACCACCCAGCAUCAGGAUACUGACCAUAGCAGCAUCACCACCCAGCAUCAGGAUACUGACCACAGCAGCAUCAGGAUACUGACCACAGCAGCAUCACUACACAGCAUCAGGAUACUGACCAUAGCAGCAUCACCACCCAGCAUCAGGAUACUGACCAUAGCAGCAUCAAGAUACUGACCAUAGCAGCAUCACCACCCAGCAUCAGGAUACUGACCAUAGCAGCAUCAGGAUACUGACCAUAGCAGCAUCACCACCCAGCAUCAGGAUACUGACCAUAGCAGCAUCACCACCCAGCAUCAGGGUACUGACCAUAGCAGCAUCACCACCCAGCAUCAGGAUACUGACCAUAGCAGCAUCACCACCCAGCAUCAGGAGAACUGAGUUCAGUAGAAUCUGGUCUCACAGCGCUGACUGCUGUUCUGGAACCUUCUGUUCUCUGUUUGUUCCUGUUUUCCUUUUGUUUGUUUAGUUCAUUUUUUUCUUUCAAACUGUUGUAUAUUGUUUCUGUGAAAAUGAUGUAUUUAUUUUAUAGGAGCUGUAAAUGCGAUGAUGUUCCAGAUCAAAUGUAAAUGUGACUUGUACAGUUUGCUAAAUGAUGAGUUGUGAGACGGAUGCCGUUUCCUACAUUGAGACAGUUACUGUGAGAGGAAACCGACUUCAGCUGUCGCCGAGAACUCUGGGAGUCGCUGCUGAAUUCGUCCUCAUGCCAUAUCUUUUAAAAACCAACUGCCAAACUAUUCUAUUGUAUGAAAGCGUGUACAGUUGUAUUAUGUAAAAGACUCAAUGGAUGAUACACUUCAGCAUUUUAUUAAGAAGUAUUCACUGUAAAAUGGAGACAUUUACACACAAAAUAAUUUAUUCACAUUUUGAAGUUUAAACGAUAACAAUUGUGUAAAUAUAUACAUAUAUACAUUCACUGAUGUAUUUUUUAAAACAUGGCUUGCUUCAAUUUGUAAUUUUAAAAGUGCAAGUGUUAUAUGCUUUGUACAUUGAAGUUCAAAGGGGUUUUACAUUUUCCAUUAAAAUGGAUUCAUC